AUGGAUAUGGAGACCGAAAGCUGGAUGGGUGUGACUGGCUUGGUGGAGGUGCUACCUGGGGCUGGGGAUAUGCCUGGAGCUGGUAUGAUGAAUACAUAUUUGUCCGCGCGAGAGGAGAGGUACUUUGGCGAGGGGGAGCGACAGGCUGCGUUCCCGGAUGGAGGCUCGUCGGAUAUCGCCGCGAUCCCGGCAGAUCUCACCCGAUCCACUGGCUUGGCGGGCCCGCCAACUUUCCGGGUCGCCAACGCACAGAUCUCUCAGUGCGACCUCCACGCCCCCUCCAGCGCGUCUUCUGGCCCAAGCUUGAAGGACUGGCGUCAUUUGUUCCUCCAAGCUUCCCCACUCAUCACGCACACAGGAAACACAUCUCAACAGGAACCCACCUGCUUCCCUCAAUUCCCUGGAACAGAGGUUAUCUGA